AAUAUUAAAUAUCGGGAAAUUCCGUAUUGCACAAUGUAGCUACAUAUAACGCAAAAUGUUUGAACUGAAUCAUUUGAGCUGAACCAGGUGAUAUAAACGUCAGGAACAAGAACUAAUAGCUGUAUGAUUAAAAUGGAAAAUUACCUUAAGAAGCUUGCCCGAUGUCUUCAUCCACCAACAGAAGAUGUUACACGGGGAAAAGCUCACAUGGAUUUGAUUUUUCGUACCAUUCAAAGGAAUUCAAGAUUCAGCAUUAAUAAAUGCGAGUUGGUAGGAGGGGCGGAAAAGAAAACUUCAACUCGGCAAAAAUUGGAUUUUGAUUGCGUUGUUUUUGUGAACAACGUUACUCAGAAUGAUUUUGAACAAGUUCUGAAUGACUUCAUUCGAGUUUUGAAUCAGCAAGGCUUGCGCAUUACUGAAGUUAAAAAAACCCCACGCGGCAAACCGUUCAACACUUCAGUUUACAUCAAAAAAAAAAAGAUUUUGACAUCGUGGUAGCAACUGGAAGUGCUUUGACAAGUCAAGAGCAAGCAAGAUGGCUGUUGAUACAAGCACAGCAAAAAAGAACUGUGGAAGAAGGCAAAGAAUUUAUGUGGGAGCAUAGUGGAGAACUUUCCGAAAUGUCGGUGGAGUUUAUAAAGAAACAAAGUGCGUUUAUCCAUCAGUUCAUUCGCUUGUGCAAGCAUUGGAGAAAUUCUUUAAAACCGAAAUCUGUUUACCUUCCUGGUCUAUCAUCAAUCAUUGAAUUAUUGGCUAUCUAUUCUGGUUUGCAACAUCAGGAAGCCUAUCGUGAUGCAUUUAUGAAUUUUUUGGAGACUGUCAAGAACAUCCAUAACCUUGAAAUAUCCUUCACUGGGUCAUACUACACUACAGCUGAGAUACCUCCAGCUAUCAAACGCCGCCCCUAUUUAAUCAACCCAGCCAACCCAUACCAAAACUUUCUCGAAGACUUGGAUUUUGAAGCCAAAACUAUUUUGUCUGGAUUUGCUAAAGUAACAUUAGCCCGAAUGGGAAGAGGGUGCACAAAAAAACUUUUCAAGACGCAAACAACUGUUUAAUUGUUUUGGUUUUUUUUGAGCAGAAAAACUCUCUUUUACUGACACGAACUUUGAUUGAUUUAUUUAUUGUUAUUAUUUUAAAGUCUGACCUGAUACACUUGUACGUAUUGCUGAAAUAUACCUUAUAAUAUCAAUAUAAUUUCUUAUAAUUUGGUUAAAAUAUGUUUAAAAUAUCUUAUAAUUUCUUAUAAUAUAGCUAUAAUAUGUAUAAUUUCAACACCUGGCAUGUGCUUCAUAACCUCAUAAUUUGCUGCAUAGCUAAAAUAUUAAAAUAAAAUCAAACAAGUUUGGUUUUAAUAAUGUUGUUGGUGAUCUGGUUUCGAAUGCCUUUCGUUUGUGCGACAAUAGAUCUAUUAUCUGCUAGUGUUGUUGUGGCAACGAUGUUAUGAAAUUAAAUGAAAUUGUAACGAUAUUAUAACAAAUUAUAAGUAUAUACUAGUAGAAAAAUUAUAACUGCAUUAUAGACUAUCACUUUAAUAAUAGCCGUCGUCUGUCUGUGUGUCCGCGAAAGCGGCGUCCCGUAACGGAAACACGAAUUUUUUAAAAUGCGCACGAAUAUCAAAUUUGAUAUAUUUUUAUCCACUUUGUUGCGACGGGUAAAUUUAAAGGACGGGCGAACGCAACGGGCGACCUUGUGGAUUUUUCCACGUGUUAACGACUAGUAUUUGAAUAAUACCCGUAUACGUCUGUCCGUCUGUCACGCAAAAUGGUAGCUUAGCUGCGCAAGUAGCAAGACGCACGCAAUGCGGUAUAAAAAGGACGGCGAACCGGUGGAUUUUUCCACGGGCUAACGGCUAGUAUAUUUAAUGAUAUUAUAGUGUAGCCCGGCCAUAAGAAAAUUUACAAUUUAAUUUGAUAUUUAAUAAGUAACACGGUGCAUUAUCGCGAAAUAUAUAUCACCUUUGGUCUAUACAAA